AUGCAUGCCGUAUAUCCCGAAUUAAGUCAAUGGUUAACUAACAUCUAUCUCUCACCCAGCUCCUCAUUCUACGAGAUCGGUAAGCCUAAGAAGGGCGAAACCAUCUUCGUCACUGCCGCCUCCGGCGCCGUCGGCUCCAUCGUCGGCCAGCUCGCCAAGCGCGAGGGCCUCCGCGUCGUCGGCUCCGCCGGCUCCGACGAGAAGGUAGCCUUCCUCAAGUCUGAGCUUGGCUUCGACGCCGCCUUCAACUACAAGACGGAGUCACCCUCUGCGGCGCUCAAGAAGUAUGCCCCCGAGGGCAUCGACAUCUACUAUGACAACGUUGGCGGCGAGACGCUCGACGCGGCGCUGAACGCCGCGAAGGACUUUGCGCGCUUCAUCGAGUGCGGCAUGAUCUCGCAGUAUAAUGUGAAGAGCAGCGAUGAGAUUUAUGGGUUGAAGAAUACCAUGAAUAUUGUGGCAAAGAGGCUGACGAUUAGGGGUUUCAUUGUGGGGGAUCCGAAUAUGGGACCGAAGUAUACGAAGGAGCAUCAGGAGAAUAUUAGGAAGUGGUUGGUGAACAAGGAGUUUGUGUACCGGGAGACGGUGACGGAGGGGUUGGAGAACGCGGUUGAUGGGUUUGUGGGUAUGCUGAAGGGGGAGAACUUUGGAAAGGCUUGUUUGAAGAUCGCCGAUCUCGAGUAG